AUGCAGGGGCGCACCUACACCCGCGCCAUGCCGACCGACGAGCCGCGCGACUUUGACCCGCGCCAGGCUCCUCCUCCUCCUCGCGCCGCCCCACCACCACCAUCCUCAUCGCAGGACCCGCGCCGACCCUCGACCAGCCACUCGGACCGCGACCCGCGCAACCACGUGCACCGCAAGGGCAGCGCACAGUCCGGCACGAGCGCCCACACCGGUUACGCCGCCCCCGACUCGCGCUCGAGACGCUCGUCGCCCGAGGUGCCCAGAGCAGCAGACGACUGGGAGGCCGACGAGGAGGCCAUGCUCGAGCUGUACGGCCUCUCGACCCUCGCUCCCGCACAAUGGGAGGAUGGCGACACGGCCGACGCCGGCCUGUUUGGCGCUCCGCGACCAGAUGGAGCCGCAGGGCCCGCCGGCACGGCAAAGGUGGGGGGCGCGACGACCAAGGGCGACGAGAACGACCCGCUCGGGCUCAUGCGCGGCGGCGUGCUCCACAACAACCCCGACCUCCCGAGCGAGCUGCGAUCCGCCGUCCUGCUGCACUCCAAGUCGUUCGACCCAAAGGUCUUCCUCUCGACCGUGCACCCGAACGCGACCUUCAAGGACCUCAACGUCGGUCGCGAAAAGCUCAAGGAGGGCCUCGAGCAACGGUCGGGCGCGCUCAAGCUCCUCGUCGAGUCCGAGUGGGACCGGUUCGUCGCCGUCAAGGCGGCGACCGAGACCGUGUUCGAGGAGAUGAAGGACGGCGGCCCGCUCACCCCGGGCGCCGACUACGGCGUCAAGGGCAUGCGCAACACGCUCAAGACCGCAUCCGCACGCGCCGAGACGGUCUUUCAGCCGAUCGUCGACGCGCGCACAAAGGCCGAGCGGCUCAAGAGCACGCUCGGCGUGUUUGAGCGCAGCAAGUUCUUCUUCAACCUGCCGACGAUCCUCGGAGAAGCAGUCGAGGAGGGCCGGUACGAGGUGGCGCUCCAGGCGUACAAGAAGGGCCGUUACAUCCUCGCGUCGCGCCCGGCGCAGCUCCUCGGGCUCCCCGUCCCGACGACGCCCCAGCAGCAGCAGCAGCAGAAGCGCAUCUACGACAAGGUGUGGGGCCAGGUCGAGAAGAUCAUUGGCGACCUGCGCGCGACGCUCGGCAAGAAGCUGCGCGACACCAAGCGCGGCCUCGACGAGGUCGAGAAGACGAUCGAGAUCCUCCUCGAGCUCGACCCGUCGGACGACCCGGUGUGGAUCUUUUUCGACACGCAGCACCGCCACAUCGUGCAGCUGUUGCGCACGACGGCCGAGGCGAGCCUGAGCCGGAUCCACCUCGCCAUGGACCAGCACGGCGAGGUCGACGACAACCACCGCAGGCAGGCGGCCGACCUGAGGACGUGCGUCGACGGGCUCGAGACGCUCGAGGGCGAGCGGGUGCGCGAGAACGCGGCGGGCGUCGAGGUGUGGCGCCUCAUCGUCGACCUCGUGCGCAACCUCAACGACGUCAUCCUGCAGACCCUGCCGAGCUUCUGGAAGGUCGCCAAGGGCUACAUGGAGGGCAAGUACCAGAAGAAGAACGCGCCGGCCGCCGCGCCCGCCUCUCGUCGCUCGCCGACCCAGUGCCGCGUCAUGACCCAGGACAUCGUCACCCUCUACGUCUCGCUCCUCUCGUCCUUCUUCACCCUCUCGUCCUCGACCGCCCCGAACCCUCAACCGCCCAAACCGGCGACCGACGACCUCAACGCGACGCCGCCCUUGCCGCCGUUCGUGCCGCCCGUGUCGAACGCGGCGACCAACUGCCACUGGCUCCUGCGCGUCCUCAACGAGCUCAUGGAGUGCGUCAGCGAGCUCGGCGCGCUCGAGCUCGCGGGCGAGGCGACACAGACGCUCAAGGAGCUCGUCGCGAGCACGAGGUGGCGGUUCGUCGAGGCGAUCUGCUCAGCCUGGGUCCGAGACGCCAAGGUCUUCUACCGCCUCGAAACGUGGCGCCCCGACCCGGACGACGUGGCCAUCACGGCCUUCCUGCGCCAGGUGGCUGCCUUCCAGCGCUUCAUGUCGAUCUCGGCGUACCGCGUCGCCGGCGGCUCGGAAGAGCGCGCCAACGCGCUCCUCGGCGCCUCGUCGUCGUCGUCGGCCAACAGCGGCGCGACGGCCGCGGCGCGCAACCGCAAGGACGUCGACCUCGCGCCCGACUUUCAGCGCAAGGUCCAGAGCGCGUUCCUCGACGGCCUGUACGCGUUCCUCGACGGCCUGGUGCACGUCGCCUUCUCGGACCCCGAGACGAUUUUUGCGGCGCCGAGCGGCGUCAAGAAGCGCGGCGUGGUGGGCGUCGAGGGCGAGGAGGACACGGGGAGGCCAAAGGAGGUCGACAUCCGCAACGUCGACAUCCGCAUCCUCCUCACCGUGUCGAACCUGACGCACCUGCGCGAGACGACGAUCCCGCGCCUCGUGGCCCAGUUCAGCACGGCCUUCCGCGCCGACACGGCGAGCGACCUCCAGAUGCUCAUGGACGUCACGGACCAGCUCGACAAGAUCCUGUUCGACGACUACGUCAAGAGGAGGAGCGGCGAGGUGGCCAAGAUCAUCCGCAAGGGCGUCCUCGGCGGCCAGGUCGACUGGUACGAGGCCGACAAGCCGACCGAGGUCCACCCGUUCAUCUACGACGCGCUCCUGUCGCUCGUCCUUGUCCACGCCCAGGUGUCGGCGACGGCGCGCACGCUCGUCGCCCGCACGCUCGGCAGCCUCGUCGAGGAGCUCGCGCGCGUCGCGCUCGAGGCGUUCGGCAAGGUCGAGCGGUUCGGCAUGGGCGGCAUGCUCCAGGCGACGCUCGAGAUCGAGUUCAUGCACCAGACGCUGUCGCAGCACGUGUCGGAGCAGGCCGACCAGACGCUCCAGUCGAUCUACAAGACGAUCUCGCAGUCGUACUACCGGCGGCCCAACAGCUCGGCGCAGGAGCUCCAGCACGAGCUCGAAGGGCUCAAGCGCACGCUCGUCGCGUCGAGGAGGGCGACGGCGCUCCAGUUCCUGUGCUUCCGCCGCCCGAGCAAGACGGCGGCGGCGCAACCGAGCGUCGUGGGCGCACCGGGUGGCGCGAAUGCGGGCGCGAGUGGGGACAAGGGAGGAGCGAGGUCGACGGCGGACGCGGCGGGGAGCAGGAGGGGAGCGGUCGUGCCGACGUGAGCCAGAGUGACUGGUGCAGCGCGUGUCUGCGUGUCGCCCUGUUGUAUUCGCAGUGCUGGUCACCGUG